UCGCAAAUUACCAUUGUGUGUUUUUAUUUAGAUUUCUGUGUUAAAAACAAAGCAAGAAACGGCAGGUAUUCUCCAAAAAAUUCAAGGCCUUCGAUAUAUUUGCCAUCAAAGGCUUAAAAUUUGCUUAAUCAUGAGCGACAACGAGCCGAAUGACACUGAGGAAGCGGCGAUCGCAUCAAAGGAGGCGGAUUCCCCUAAAAAUGCCAGCAGCGAAGAAAGUCUCACUAUGGAUAAAAUAGGUUUGUUGCUCGCAAACACUUUGAAUAUUAGUCCCGGUUCCUCAUCGAACACGGAGAAGGUCAUUCCGGACCUGACAUUCAAGGGCCUCGCUGACCACUGGCGUGAAAAGGGCUUCAAGAACAUUAUUACCAUGGUUGGUGCUGGAAUAUCCACAUCCGCGGGCAUACCGGACUUUCGCACCCCAGGCACGGGACUGUACGACAAUCUGUCUAAAUAUAAGCUACCGUACCAGAUGGCCAUAUUUGAUUUAUCGUACUUUAAAAAAAGGCCCGCUCCCUUCUUUGCCCUGGCGAAGGAGCUGUAUCCCGGAUCGUUCGAGCCCACUCCAUCUCACUAUUUUAUACGCCUUCUCCAUGAAAAGGGUCUGCUUCGUCGCCACUACACGCAGAAUAUCGACACGCUUGAUCGGCUGGCGGGCAUUCCGGAGGCCAAGUUAGUGGAGGCACAUGGCACCUUCAAUACCAAUCACUGCACUAAGUGCAACAAAGCACAUGACAAGGCGUGGAUGCGGACGGAGAUCUUUGCAGAUCGCGUGCCCAAGUGCACAGCGUGCAAACACAUCGUGAAGCCAGAUAUUGUAUUUUUUGGUGAGAACCUGCCCGAAAAGUACCACAGUAGCUUGGAAAAAGAUUUCAAAAAGUGCGAUCUAUUGAUUAUCAUGGGCACCUCGCUGGAGGUGCAGCCAUUUGCCUCUAUGCCACAACAUGCUGGACCUCGCUGUUUGCGGCUCUUGAUCAAUCGUGAUGCCGUGGGACGUCCCAAAUUUAAAACCUGGAUGGAGCACCGAGGUCCCGAGUAUCUGCACUACAACAGGCCCUACAACACGCGUGAUGUGGCCUACAUAGGUGAUUGCGAUGCUGCUGUGCUGGAGCUGGCCAAAAAACUGGGCUGGGAGGACGAACUACAGGAGCUCAUCUCCACUGAGCGGAAGCAUUUGGCCGAGCUGGCAUCGGCCGCACGAUGAAGAGUCUGCCUCUACCAGUAGCACCAAGAAGCGUGCAAAGCACUAAAGAAGCGCUUUUAUAGAUAAAUCUCUAGUUAAGUUUGGAUAAGCGUGCAAUUCGUAUACAUGGGACAUGUAACAUAUAAACGGACAAAGGAAUGUGCAUCA